UUCUAGGUCUGUAACCUUGGAAGUUUUGAACUUAGCUCAUGGACUCCUAGUACCUGGCACUGAGAACAUGCUGUACAACCUCCAUACGUGACAGAUAGGGAGCUGAGAGUGCAAGGGUCUUGUCCAUCAAAACCCUGAUGGAUCAUCCUGAACGUGCAGUGAUGGUGGCCAAGGCACAGCCAGGCCCUCUUGUUGUAUUAACGAUACAGGAAGAUGAUGCGGUCACCAAAUAGCCACAGGAAACAGACACACAGGGGCCCAGAGUUCUCACUACCACCAACUCAAGUCCACCAACCUUUCCGACGUCCAUGCUGCAGAAAGCAUUCUGCAAGGUACCAGGGGCAUAAGGGUGACUAAUACUCAGACUGUAGCCCAAACUCUCAAUCUCUUAAGGGAAAUAGGUGUGGAAACCAACAAUGGUUCUGGAGGAUAGAAGGACAAUAAUAGAAUUGUGUGUGUGUGUGUGUGUGUGUGUGUGUGUGUGCGUGUGUGUGUGCGUGUGUGUGUGUGUUGGGGGGGGGGCACGACAGAAGUCAUCCAGAAGAGGAAGUGGUUAUUCCUAUUGUUUAGGGAAGUCUCUAAAACAAUGUGCUUUCUGAGCUGGGAUUUGAAGGAUGAGUAGGUGCCUUAUGGGGAAACCAGGAUAUCUAGGCAGAGGAAACUGCAUGGUAAAGAUUAGUAGACCUAGCAUGUCUGAAGGAUUUCAAGUUUUGGAGUUCAGGCAGUUACAGAGAAAAGGGCAGUUUAGAGGAUAUUUGUGGCUAGUGGUUUUAUUUGAGUUUCUAUAACCUUUGAAAUUACUGAUAACACUGAUUGAGUUGUUACUGAAUGGCCACAGAAUAUGAAGUCAAGGGAGGUCAAACUGGACUGUCCGUGAUGCCAACUAUCAAGGCAGGGAGGGCUCAUGCAGGUGGAGCACAGGUAGCCCUUCUAUUGGCUGCAGCUCCAGCUCCACCACCUUCCCAGGACAUAAACAUUUCAGCCUCAGUGAAUCAUCCCUGGAUGUGAAAGGAAGCAGGCAGGCAAAGAGUGACACACGCAGCUGAGAAGAAACUCAGAGGAGAGAAUCACCGAGGAGAGUGGCCAUGGACCUGAUCCUGAGCUUUUCCGUGGAAACCUGGGUUCUCCUGGCUACCAGCCUGGUACUCCUCUAUCUAUAUGGGACUUAUUCACAUGGACGUUUUAAGAAGCUGGGGAUUCCUGGGCCGAGACCUCUGCCUUAUUUUGGAAAUAUUCUGUCCUACCGAAAGGGUCUUUGGGAGUUUGACAAUGGAUGUUUUAAAAAGUAUGGAAAAAUAUGGGGGUGUUAUGAAGGUCAACAGCCUCUGUUGGUUGUCACAGAUCCAGACAUAAUCAAAACAGUGCUAGUGAAAGAAUGUUAUUCUGUCUUCACAAACCGGAGGUCUUUUGGUCCAACGGGAAUUAUGAAAAAUGCCAUCUCUCUGUCUGAGGAUGAACAAUGGAAGAGAUUACGAUCGUUGAUGUCUCCAGCCUUCACCAGCGGAAAGCUCAAGGAGAUGUUCCCCAUCAUUAGCCAGAUUGGAGACAUGUUGGUGAGGAACCUGAAGAAGGAAGCAGAGAAAGGCAAGCCAAUCAGCAUGAAAAACUUCUUUGGGGCCUACAGCAUGGAUGUGAUUACUGGCACAGCAUUUGGAGUGAAAAUUGAUUCCCUCAACAACCCACAAGAUCCCUUUGUGGAAUAUAGCAAGAAUAUCUUAAAAUUUAAUCUCCUCUCUCCAUUAAUUCUCUUAAUAAUAUUAUUUCCAUUCCUCACCCCAGUCUUUGAAGUAUUAAAUAUUACUCUGUUUCCAAAAAGUUCUGUGAAUUUUUUAGCGAAGUCUGUAAAAAGGAUGAAAGAGAGUCGCCUCAAAGAUAAACAAACGCACCGAGUGGAUCUUCUUCAGCUGAUGAUUAACUCUCAGAAUUCCAAAGAAAUUGGCACCCAUAAAGCUCUGUCUGACGUAGAACUCAUGGCCCAAAGUAUCAUCUUUAUUUUUGCUGGCUACGAGACCACUAGCAGUUGUCUUUCCUUCAUUAUAUAUGAAUUGGCCACUCACCCUGACGUCCAGCAAAAGCUGCAGGAGGAGGUUGAUGCAACUUUCCCCGAUAAGGCGCCUCCCACCUAUGAGGCUCUGGUACAGAUGGAGUAUCUUGACAUGGUGUUGAAUGAAACUCUCAGAAUAUUUCCAAUUGCUGGUAGAAUUGAGAGGAUCUGUAAGAAGGAUGUGGAAGUCAAUGGAGUGUUCAUUGCCAAAGGGACAACAGUGGUGGUGCCACUCUUCGUUCUUCACAAUGACCCAGAGCUCUGGCCAGAGCCUGAGGAGUUCCGUCCUGAAAGGUUCAGUAAGGAGAACAAGGAGAGCAGAAAUCCUUACACAUACAUGCCUUUUGGAGUUGGACCCCGAAACUGCAUUGGCAUGAGAUUUGCUAUCAUGAACAUGAAACUUGCUCUCGUCAGAAUCCUGCAGCACUUCUCCUUCAAACCUUGUAAAGAAACACAGAUCCCCCUGAAAUUGUUCACUGUAGGACUUACGCAGUUGGAAAAACCUGUUGUUCUAAAGGUUGUGUCAAGAGAUGCGACCGUAAGUGGAGCCUGACUUUCUCGAAGGACAUGGGCUUUGAUCUUCAAGGAAGCUGUAUCCAGGAACACCUGAGACUUUACUUACUUUGUGAUAAAACUAUUAAAUGAAGAUAGGCUUCACCUACUGCUCUUGAUGGACAAUUAGGUAUUCUGCCCAAUCAUUUAGCUUUCUCAUUGUCUGUGUGGAGUGUUAUAUAUUGCGUCAUUAAAGGAGGUGACAAGUAAGUGCCGGAUACUCAACUUCAUGGGCUCUCCUAGGACCAUCUCCAUCCACUUCCUGAUGGUAGUUAGUACCAUCUACUCCUCCUGAGCACUAAUCAGAAUGAAAAUUUCUCAACAAACUCUAAUGAAAAUAAGAAUGAUUGUGGUGACUGAAGUAGUGACAUUUAUGUCACAGAUUUUAUUUUGAAUAUUCUAAAUUAAAUAUUACAUUGAGCAAGUCAAUAAACAUCUCUUUACAAAAGUA